AUGUCCCUUGAUUCUUCCGACACAAUUAAAACUUUGGGACUCUAUUGGAAUUCAGGCGAGGAUAAAAUUAUCUAUAAACUAGCAGAAAAUACAGAAAAACCAAAGUCUCAAAUAACUAAGCGUACGGUACUUGCAGAAAUUGCACGGUUAUUUGAUUCAUUAGGCUUAUUAGGUCCCAUUAUUGUAUAUGCGAAAAUGAUGAUCCAAACUCUCUGGAAACGGCAACUAACGUGGGAUGAGUCCAUCCCACAAGAAGCUGAGUCAGUGUGGCUUGAAUUUAAAGAUCAAUUACCUUUAUUAAAUACUCUUAAAUUUGAUCGAUGCACCGUCGCAUUUUACUUAACCGAAAUACAAUUGCACGGGUUCGCCGACGCAGGUGAAAAGGGCUACGGAGCUUGCAUUUACUUGCGCACCACAGAUAAAUGCGGCAACCACCACGUGGCUCUCGUAGGCUCCAAGUCUCGGGUCGCGCCAGUGCAAACGGUGACACUUCCUCGAUUGGAAUUAUGCGCCGCUCUCUUACUGUCUGAAUUCUAUGCCGCUGUUGUACUAUCUCUACAGUAUUUGAAAUUUAGUAGGACUGUAUUUUGGUCAGAUUCCACAAUCAGUCUUCACUGGAUUCAAACGUCUCCACACAUAUUAAAAACAUUCGUAUUAAACCGCGUAGCUCAGAUUCAGGAACUUACUCAGCCUCACGAGUGGAAGCACGUACCCACUCACGAUAACCCUGCUGACUUCUCUUCUCGAGGUCAAUUACCGAAAGACUUUCUAAUUAACAAUAUUUGGCAACACGGACCUCAUUGGCUAAGUCAAGAUGACGGUUUCUGGCCUGAAAUGUCGAUUGCAACGUUCUUCUUCCACAGGUUUCAAUGA